UACAUCCCUUUCGUGUUCUUCCAGUUUUAAAGAGAAAAUAGAGAAAAAUAGAACACAUCUAACAAUUUGCGUUUUUAAAUAUAAAAAAAAACGUGUAGAUCAUUCAAAUAUGGCUGAAAUUUUCUUAAGUUCGCUGCUAGAAAUGGGUUUUCCAAAGCACAGAGCGGAAAAAGCAUUGGCAAAGACACACAAUGCAGGUGUCCAGCCUGCCAUGGAAUGGUUAUUUGCUCAUGAAGAUGAUCCAGACAUUGAUGACCCGUUUACAACCCCCCAGGGUAAUACUCUUGGUGCCUCAGACUUAGGUGGCCCUCCUGCAGGGCCUGUCAGUGUUCCCAUGGAAACAUCAGAGGGGGCCCAAGGGGAGAACACAGCAGGGGGAGAUAACCCACAGCCUGAACAGCCCCAGGAGGCCAAGUCCUUUAAAUGUGAUGAAUGUGGGAAGCUACUGAAGGAUGCAGAUGCAGUCCAGUUUCAUGCAGCCAAGACUGAACAUUCCAGUUUCUCCGAGUCCGUCCAAGAGAUCAAACCACUGACUGAGGAAGAAAAAAGGGAGCAACUGGCUAAAUUGCAGGAGAGAUUGAAACAGAAGCGACUGGAGAAAGAAGCAGAGGACAAGAAGCUAGAAAUACAAAGAGAGAAACAGCGAAGACACUUUGGCAAGGAUGUUGUGGCUGCAAAAGAAAAACUGGCCGAGCUUGAAAUGAAGAAGAUAGCAGAACAACGAAAGCGAGAAAAGAUGGAGGAGAAGGCUGCAAGAGAAAAAGUGAAAGCCCAGAUAGAAAAGGACAAAAGGGACCGGGCUGCCAAGUUUACAAAAGCCAGCACUGACAGUGCAGGGGCCGGUGCUGCCAGUCCUCCAGUCACCUCUCCCACCCAGACCAGCAACCCUGUACUGGCAGAGAAGAAAGACUACACAGAGACACGCAUACAGAUUCGUCUCACCAACGGGCAGGCUCUUACACAAUCGUUUUCUGCCAAGGAGCCAUUAGCAGCCGUCCGUCUGUACGUUCAGAUGCAUAGGACAGAUCCACCUGGAAACUUCACCCUGAUGACCUCAUUCCCCAAACAAGUAUUCUCUGGAGAAGAUUAUGAGAAACCUCUACAACAAUUAGGUCUUGUUCCGUCUGCUGUGCUAAUUGUUACUAAAUCAUGAUGAACACCUGUGGUUGCUUACAAACAUUGUGCGAGUGAAUGCCUGCUGUUUUGAUUGAAGAACCAAAUAUAGAUGCCAUGCAAUGUAUUUUCCAGUAGGAAUAGUGUAUUCAGUGAUACUAUUGUGUAACUGAACAAUAAUUGAAGUAGAUUUAAAUUGCAAUUCCCUGUUGCAGCCGGUCACUUAAGGAAUUAGUUGGUAUAGAAUUGGUUUAUGAUUUAUUUAUAAAUAACAAAACAAAUGUUUGCCAUACAACUGUAGACAAAUAAUAUUACACUUAAAGACAUGGGUGAGAAAAAAUAUGUUUUCUUGUGUAACUGAACAAUAAUUGAAGUAGAUUUAAAUUGCAAUUCCCUGUUGCAGCCGGUCACUUAAGGAAUUAGUUGGUAUAGAAUUGGUUUAUAAUUUAUUUAUAAAUAACAAAACAAGUGUUUGCCAUACAACUGAAGACAAAUAAUAUUACACUUAAAGACAUGGGUGAGAAAAAAUAUGUUUUCUUGUGGGCGAUAGUGUUUAAGGAUAUGUUGUACAUAGAGAAUACUAGGUAGAUGUUGAAUACAGAUAAGUUUAUUUAGCAGCAGGGCAUGACGAUUGGUUAAUGUUUCGUGCUUAGAAAAUAAAUGUAUCUAUAAUCAACACUUACCUGGUACCCAAUAUUCUAUUUAUCCCAUUAUUGUCACCUUUUUCUGUCUUCAUGUCGAAAGAAAACAAAAGAAAAUGGCUGAACACACUCAAACACAGAAUUUGUCAUAUGACAUAAUGUGCACAAAGAAGUAGGGAUUCCCUAAAGUUAGCGUGCCUAUUGUAUGGUAAAAAGUGUUUUAUUGAAUUACAUAAUAUUACUCUCUAUUUUAUAAUUCUCUGAUUUCCUUGAUUUUUUUGUACCACUGUUUCUAAACUGCUGUUUUGGAAUUUGUUUUCUCAAAUCGUAUAUAUUUGCUUUAAUUUAUGCUUUUCAAUUUUUAUGAAAAAAAAAAUCAACUACCUUCUUAACUUGGCCUAUGUUUUAAAUUGUUUGUCUUCAAAUUAUUAUAUUUGUCGAAAGUUGUUUGAUUUAUUUAUCUUAAUGCAAGCAGGACUGUAAAAAAAAUAUAUAUUUUUACUUUAAGAAGUUAAUGAUUGUGGACAGGAAGAUUUGUGCACAGAUUGUGUUGUUUCUUUACAUGAUUUAUUGUUUUCUGUGUAUAAGGUAAACUUGUAUCUGCGUUAAUGUGUGUUUCCAUCAGAUUCACUGAUUAAUGGAUAAUAAAUGCACAAGAAACUUAAUUGUUCAUCCCCAGUAACACUAACUAUUCUGAAAACAAGUGCAUGAUCUAGAUGAUUCUAUAUCAGAAUUUACAAACUAAAUGUCUCAUUGGUAUUUAUAAUAUGUGUGUGUGGUAGUAAUAAAAGACUCUUUUAUUCUUGUUACAAUGGAAACAUUACGUUUUGUUAAAAUUUGUUUGAACUACCAGUAAAUAUUUAAAUUUG